CCGCGCUUCCGGCAGCGGCGGCGCCGGAAGUGCCGGCGCGUCCUUCCGGUCGGUGCGCGUGAGGGCGGCGAGAGCGCGAUGCCGACGGGCGACUACGACUCCAAGCCCAGCUGGGCCGACCAGGUGGAAGAGGAGGGCGGAGACGACGACAAAUGCAUCACCAGCGAGCUGCUGAAGGACAUCCCGCUGAGCGGGGUGCUGGGCGGCAGCCUGAGCGCGGAGGCCGAGCUGCUGAAAGGAGGUCCGCUGCCCUCCCCGAAGGAGCUCAUCAACGGCAACAUCAAGACCAUCACGGAGUACCGAGAGGAGGAGGAUGGGCGCAAGGUGAAGAUCAUCCGCACCUUCCGGAUUGAAACCAGGAAGGCCUCCAAGGCGGUGGCCCGCAGGAAGAACUGGAAGAAGUUUGGCAACUCCGAGUUCGAUGCCCCCGGUCCUAACGUGGCCACCACCACGGUGAGCGACGAUGUCUUCAUGACCUUCAUCACCAGCAAGGAGGAUCUGAACUGCCAGGAGGAGGAGGAUCCCAUGAACAAGCUGAAGGGGCAGAAGAUCGUGUCGUGCCGUAUCUGCAAGGGCGACCACUGGACCACGCGCUGCCCCUACAAGGACACCCUGGGGCCGAUGCAGAAGGAGCUGGCCGAGCAGCUGGGGCUCUCCACAGGCGAGAAGGAGAAGCUCCCGGGAGAGCCGGAGCCGGUGCAGGCCCAGCAGAGCAAGACGGGCAAGUACGUCCCGCCCAGCCUGCGGGACGGAGCCUGCCGCCGCGGGGAGUCCAUGCAGCCCAACCGCAGGGCUGAUGACAAUGCCACCAUCCGUGUCACCAACCUGUCUGAGGACACGCGUGAGACCGACCUGCAGGAGCUGUUCCGCCCCUUCGGCUCCAUUUCUAGGAUCUACUUAGCCAAGGACAAGACCACCGGGCAGUCCAAGGGUUUUGCCUUCAUCAGCUUCCACCGCCGGGAGGAUGCGGCCCGCGCUAUUGCCGGGGUGUCUGGAUUUGGCUACGAUCACCUGAUCCUCAACGUGGAAUGGGCCAAGCCUUCCACCAACUGAACCCGCUGUGCUGUCACUGCUGGCUGCCGUCUAGAGCGAUCGGUGUCCCUAAAUAAAGGCGUGUGGUCUAGUAUGCACAAA